CCCCCUCGGGCAGUCGCGUCUGUCGCUGUUGGCUUGAGCGCAGAGAGGGGAAGCGAAGGGUCCGCGUCGGCGGGCGCACCAAGCAAAGGCAACCCGGAUAUUUCGCCCGACCGACCGACGGCUGGCUGGCUGGCUGGCUCCGCGACUAUGAAGGAAAGGUCUCCAGCCAAACGUCCUGUUUGGUGACUGUUACUGCUGUUCUUUUGGCGAAUGCCGUUUUUGCCCCGCAUGGGAUUAUAGCGACGACGACAACCGUGGCGGUGGCCCCAUGUUUUCUCCUAGCCAGGAGGAGCACUGCGCGCCCAACAAGGAGCCCGUCAAAUAUGGAGAACUCAUGGUUCUCGGGUACAAUGGCUGCCUCCCUACUGGUGACCGGGGUCGUAGGAAAAGCAGAUUUGCCCUUUAUAAAAGACCUAAAGCAAAUGGCGUCAAACCUAGCACUGUUCAUGUGAUUUCAACACCUCAAGCAUCUAAGGCCAUCAGUUGUAAGGGCCAGCACAGUAUCUCCUACACGUUGUCACGAAAUCAAACCGUUGUAGUAGAAUAUACACACGAUAAAGAUACUGAUAUGUUUCAGGUUGGCAGAUCAACAGAGAGCCCCAUAGAUUUUGUUGUAACAGAUACGAUUUCUGGCAGCCAAAACAGCGAUGAAACUCAGAUCACCCAAAGUACUAUUUCCAGGUUUGCAUGCCGCAUUGUCUGUGACCGGAAUGCACCGUAUACAGCCAGAAUAUUUGCUGCAGGAUUUGACUCUUCCAAAAACAUAUUCCUUGGGGAAAAAGCAGCAAAAUGGAAGAAUCCAGAUGGACACAUGGAUGGAUUAACAACUAAUGGCGUUCUAGUCAUGCAUCCUAAAGGAGGGUUCACUGAAGAAUCGAAACCUGGUGUUUGGCGAGAAAUUUCAGUCUGCGGUGAUGUAUAUACUCUACGGGAAACAAGAUCUGCUCAACAAAGAGGCAAGCUAGUGGAAAAUGAAACCAACAUCCUACAAGAUGGUUCUCUCAUUGAUCUAUGUGGGGCCACACUCUUGUGGAGAACAGCAGAUGGCUUAUUUCACACACCAACUCAGAAACACAUAGAGGCUCUACGACAAGAAAUCAAUGCUGCAAGGCCCCAGUGCCCCGUGGGACUGAAUACACUGGCUUUUCCUAGCAUUAACCGUAAAGAAGUGGUAGAAGAAAAACAACCAUGGGCUUACCUCAGCUGUGGACAUGUCCACGGUUAUCAUAACUGGGGACACCGCAGUGACACCGAAGCCAAUGAGCGGGAAUGUCCCAUGUGCAGAACUGUUGGUCCAUAUGUUCCUCUUUGGCUUGGGUGUGAGGCAGGCUUUUAUGUUGAUGCUGGUCCACCAACUUAUGCUUUCACCCCUUGUGGGCAUGUAUGCUCAGAAAAAUCUGCCAAAUACUGGUCUCAGAUCCCAUUGCCACAUGGUACUCAUGCAUUCCAUGCUGCCUGCCCUUUCUGUGCUAUCCAGCUGUCUGGAGAUCAGAACUGCAUCAAGCUUAUUUUUCAGGGUCCAAUUGACUGAUAAUGCCAUUUUACAGAUGACCAUUAUACAGCUCACUUUGUUAACAAUUUACUGUGAAGAUAAAGAAUUGCCACUAACUCUAGAUUUUACCUUUUUUACAAAAUAAGAUUGUUAUUAAUGAGGGCUUUGGGGUGGGAUUAGCAGCUGAGAUGUGAAGUUAUUUUGAUACCUGGAACCAAACAGUUAUCAGUGGCAUUGCAUGCUGAACAGCAGCAUGUUCAUGAUGACAUCUUUUUUGGUUAAGCUGUAGUAUAUUUGUAAGAUUUGUAAGAUUAGAAGAAAAAUACCAGUGUCUUAAUGAUUUUUUUAAUAUUGGAUUUUUUAACAGAAAUGUUUUCUUCUACACUUUGAAUGACAAGCCUUUAAAACACAUAUUUUUUCAAUCUAAAAGAAGCAAACAGAAUGUAAUUUGUCCUCUCUUUUUAAUUUGCAAUAUAGUUAACUUGAAUAAUUCAUUCUCAAAGAGGAUGUAUCAAAUGUUUGAGUAAAACUAGGUGAAUAUUCACUUAAUACAUUGAACAUAGAGUGAACAUAAAAGAUUGGCUUUAUCAGCAUAGCACAAAAUAUUAUGAGAUUCUGCAGUGUUGUCUAAUAUAGCUGUCCGAGAGACAUAGUUACUUGAAAGUUGGGGAUCUCUGGCUUUCUGUGUUAUUUUUCUUUCCUUCAAAUAAAAGUUCCUAUGUUAAACAAUACUCGUAAAACUAAUAGGGGAUGUUUGAGGAACAGGUUACUCCAACCUAAGUUUAAGAUGGUGUAUGCAAAAUGAACAUUUUUUUCUUCGCUUCUGACUCCUCUGAACCAACUCUGUUAUCUAUCAGUAGCAGGGACAGUACUAUCAUUCUGCCCUGUAUUUUACUAAAUUAACUCAGCACAGAAUGGUCCUGUUAAGGAUUAGCAUUAGACCAAUUAUCACAGUAGCGUAAGAGCCAUAUUUCUUUUUCCAUAGUACUCAUGGCUCUUAUCAUGUGCUAAUAAUCUUUUCAUGCAUGUUCUUCCUAGCUUGGUUGGUCCUGCUUGGGUCUGAUUCUUGUAUGGUGCUCUUGCAGCACCAUGGGCAAAGUGGUUCUCCCACCAGUGUAGUGAUGCUAAAUGUAUCUCAUAUAAAUUCAACGGCCAUAAGUCGCAAUGUAUAACAAGUCUUUUUCAGUUUUGCAACUGGUGUCAUUUAUAAUGUUCAUGCAUAUCUACCUAUUUGUACCAUCUUAACAGUUUUGUCUCUUUCUAAUUCUGCCUUUUGGAUUUACUUGUAUUAACUUGCCCUUGCAUGUCUGGGACCUGUGAGCAAAUGAAAAUGUAGCAACUUAUUAAUCCAGUUUUUCAGUAGUUUAACUUUCUACAGUAGUGGGAAGUUUUGGAUAUUUUUUUGUAGAACAUACACAAACUGCCCUUGAUCUUAUAAUCAGUUUGAUGCCCUCUUCAGUCUAAACCAAUUGCAGAAAAUUCUGCAUAAUUCACAUGUUUAAAUUCUUGGCAAUCAUUUUGAAAUAAUAAUUUAAAAUAGGUGGUUUUGUAGCACCUGCUUCUUUUAUGUUUCCCAUAAUGUGCAAAUCUUUUCUAAUAAUAUGGUUGACUUGUUAAUGUUUGGUUUGCUAUUUUUCUUUUCUUCCUUCUAUUAAUUUAAUUUAGAAGUUGCUUCUAAAAAAAACCUUUAUAUGUUUAGGAUCAAUUCAUGUCUUAAGUAACUUGAAAUUCUUGAUUUAGUAUAGGAGGAAUGGUGGAUAGGAAACGGGACAAAUUACUGCUCAUUUUGAGAAUUAUUUUACAUGUACUUCAUUGUUGUUUUGUGAUAGAAAUUCCAUUGUUGUUUUAUUUUUGUUUUAUACUCAUGCUAUCAAAUUUAUUCAAUUUUUCAUAUUGCCAUGAAAAAAUUAGUCCCUACCAAAGAGAAAUUAAUUACAUGUCUUGAAGUAAAUCUUGCAUUUUGGAUUACCUGUUAAAAUGCAGAACAGUCCAUUGGUUUACUUUGUCCUUUGUUUAAGUAUAUAAGUUAUAUGAGUUUAAUAUAUUAACAAACAUAUAUACAUACACAUACACUUGAAUUGGCCUGUUCAUAGUUAAAACAUAAUACUUUAUAGUAAGUUAACCUUUUAAACACUUCACAUGUCCAUGCUCAUUUGCUGAUGUUUAAUACACUUUUCCUGUAUAAAAAGUUCAGUAUUUUUAAUUAGAAACAUUAGUUUCUCUUUGUCUAAAAGGAUUUUACUUACUGCAGUAUAUUGCAUCAAAUACCAUACUCUAGCUUGUCUAGCCCAUGUGAUAGAUUGGGAGAGCCAGUUAUUUUCAAAACAUUUUGUAUUAGUGCCUUCUAAACGAGUUAGCACCUUGCUCUAAUUUCAUGAUAAAACAUGUAACUCAAAUCUUGAUUAGCUGUUAUCUUUUAACACAGAUACUUUUAGUCCUUUAUAUGACUUCCUGUUAAUUCGUGAAAUGCUAUAAAAUCAAAGUUAAAAACUAUUCUCCUUGUUACUUUAAAAGGUGAAAAAAGAAACAUGGUUGCCAUGUUUGACCAUGUUAUAUACAAGGUUAUAUGGAGAUCCUAUACUCUACUAAUUGCUCCAGCAAUGAAAGUUGUUCCAGAUAUAUAUUUUUCUUUUUAAUGGGUCAUAUGAACCCACUCAUUCUGCAGUUCUGAAUCCUUUUGUAACCUGAGCAGCAUGUAUAGAAAAAAACCCAUAUUUCCUCAAACUAGGAGUCUGAAUCCCAUUUUUCCUUAUACAUUACAGAAUUUGAUUUGGCUCCUCUUUCUGUUUCAGAGAGCUAUUGGCUAUAUGAAACAUUCCUUAUUCAAUUUGCCAGUGCGAUGUAUUGAAAGAGCAUUCUCAGUCUCUUCCUCUUUUAAGCUUUUGGAAUUUUAAAAACUAUUUUGAAUAUUGUUCUCCUGAAUUCUGUCAGCAAUAAUAUUUUCUACAAGUUAAGAUUUUUGAAGCAGUGUCUUUGUCAGUGUUGUCUGAAUAGAAUUUAAAACUCUUGUUA